AAAUCAAAAUUUCAAGGUGGGUGUUUUUUUUUCUUUUUUUUUUUUCCUCUUUCUCUCUGUAAUUAGCUCUUCUCACCCACCUACUUCUAAGGAAAAAAGAGGUCAAAAAUGGCAGUUUAAAUUUGUGGGUAUUUGUGGGUUUUGCAUGAUUCUUGCAAUUUUUCAAAAAAGAUUGAUUUUUUUUUUUGUAGUUUAGGAAAAUUUAAAGAUGUUUGGGUGUGAUUGUUUUCACUGGAAUAGAAGUUCAGAAUAUCAUGAACUUUCCCAACUUCCUGAACCCUUCUCUUUGCCUGCUCAUCUUCCACAGUGGCCUCAAGGUGAAGGUUUUGCGACAGGAAAAAUAAACCUUGGAGAGUUAGAGGUUGCCAAGAUUACCAAAUUUGAGAGUGUAUGGAGUUGCAACCCAUCUCGUAGAAAUUCGAAAGGUGUGACAUUUUAUAAGCCCGUCGCAAUUCCAGAUGGAUUUUUUUGCCUUGGUCACUAUUGUCAAUCAAACGAUCGUCCCUUGUGGGGAUUUGUCCUUGUUGCUAGGGAGGUCAAACAAUCAUCAGAUUCUCCUGCUCUAAAGAGACCGCAUAAUUUUUCUUUGGUUUGGAGCUCCGAGUGUGGUUUUAUAUGGUUGCCUAAUGCUCCAACGGGAUACAGAGCCAUGGGCCUUCUGGUCACUGAUACUCCAGUUGAGCCUUCUGUUGAUGAUAUUCGAUGUGUUCGGUGCGAUUUAACGGAAAAUUGCGAAGCUUGUGAUAUGAUACUCGAUGACGAUUUUACUGUUUGGAAGACAAGACCUUGCAGAAGGGGUAUGUAUGCAAGAGGUGUCUGUGUAGGAACCUUCUUUAGCUGUACAUAUGGAAUACUUGAAGAAGAUGUGGUAACCACGGCCUGUUUGAAGAAUCGAGAUCCUACCCUAAAUGCAAUGCCUAAUUUGGAGCAAAUACAUGCCCUUAUCAAGCAGUAUGGACCCACAGUGUAUUUCCACCCUGAUGAGAUCUAUAUGCCCUCUUCGGUGCAGUGGUUUUUCGACAACGGGGCCCGCUUGUGCGAGAAUGGUAAAUGUGAUGGUGAGAGAAUUGAUUCAAAUGGUUCUCUGUUGCCUAAGGGUGGUUUGAAUGACGGAGAAUAUUGGAUAGAUUUGCCAAAGGAUGAUGAUAAACGAGAUUAUGUCAAGCGUGGGAACUUAGAAAGUGCAGAGCUGUAUGUACAUGUAAAACCGGCUUUUGGUGGUGCGUUCACCGAUAUUGCAAUGUGGGUUUUUUGCCCCUUCAAUGGGCCCGCAACCCUCAAAGUUGGCUUGGCAAAUUUCUCACUAACUAGAGUAGGAGAGCACGUAGGCGACUGGGAACACUUUACUCUUCGAGUGAGCAACUUCACCGGGGAGUUGUGGAGCAUAUACUUCUCAGAACAUAGCGGUGGUAAGUGGGUUGAUGCGAGUAAUUUGGAGUACAUUAAUGAAAACAAAGCAAUUGUCUAUUCAUCCAAAUGUGGUCAUGCUAGCUAUGCACAUUCAGGAACUUAUCUCCUAGGGCCUUCUAAGCUCGGGAUAGGGGUGAGAAAUGAUGUUGCUAAAAGCAAAUAUUUUGUCGACUCGAGUUCCAAGUACAAGAUUGUUGCUGCAGAGUAUCUCGGAGAUACCGUAGAAGAACCAUGUUGGCUCCAGUUUAUGAGAGAGUGGGGACCUAAAUUGACGUAUGAUGCGUGUUCUGAGUUGGAGAAAAUAAUGAAUCAUCUUCCUAUAUUUGUUCGAUUCUCGAUGGAGAACUUGUUGGAUCUCUUUCCAACUGAGCUUUACGGCGAGGAAGGGCCAACAGGACCCAAAGAGAAGGAUAAUUGGUUUGGAGAUGAGAGAUGGUGAUCUACAUCAAAUCGAUUUCUUGUGUAUGCCCGGAAUGUCAGUUAAAUGAAUAUCGAUCCGGCCCCGUAUAUUUGAAUCAUCUGAAGUGGUGUGAUGAAUCUUGAGUAUGUACAUAUUUGUAUCAGGGUCACCCUGGAUUUUCUACCCCAGAUACUUGUCAUUGAUGUUGUAGAGGUAAACUCUGAACGUUUGAAGUGGUCUUUUAUCAGAGUUUAGAGUGGGAUUAUCCCAAAUUUAUUGUACACUUGAAUUUUGUAAUAUAAACUUCUCAUUUUUUC